AUGUUCAGACCGCAUUUGAUUAAGAGGAUCAAACCAGUCAAUGUCAAAGAACCAAUCAAGCAAAUCAACUCAAGCACUUGGAUCAAAGCAUCGGAAGAUGUUUGUUGCGGUGAGAAUAUACGAGAGAUGGGUGCAACGAGCACAUCGAUAACUGACUUGCCAUUCCCAGCAAUUACGAUUUGCAAUGUCAACAAAGCUCGUAAUAGUGUUGCUACGAAAUUCACGCCAGGUUCGAGUCAAAGUAUUUGGCUGCAAAAUAUUUGCUAUGACGAGUAUGAAAAUAUUACGUUUGCAGAAGGUGAUGCACAGAAAGAAAGUCGUGACUGGCAGACUUUUAAGCAAUACUUGUUAAAUAUUUCACAGCCUUGCAGUAAAAUGUUGCUACAAUGUCGAUAUGCGCUGGAAACAUUCCAGUGCAUGGAAGUUUUCGACACCGUUUUGUCCGAUGAAGUUGUUCCAGAAUUUCUCUACAUGAAUCCAUCAAAUGCUUCAAGUAACUUUGAAGACGAUGUUAUCGACCAAGCUAUUCCCGUUGACUGGACACCAGAAAAAGGGUAUGCCGACUUGAAUAUAAAGAAAAAAGCCACACCACGACCAUCAGCAGGACCAGGCAGUCAUUUAGGAUUAUACGUUAUGCUAAACGGGGACGUAUCCGACUAUUUCUGCUCGUCAACAAGUAGUGCGGGCUUUAAAAUUUUAUUGCAUAAUCCAACGGAAACACCACGGAUCAGUGAUUUUGGAAUGACGUGUGGCUGCGUGAUUUACUACAUGCCGCGAAUCAAUCUAGAUGCGAAAAUUUGCAAUCGCGUCAACAGUAAAUGUUACAAUGCGGUUCGAAUAUCGAUGGAGCGUGGUGACAACAUAAAAUAUAAGUGUAAUUGUCUGCCGGGCUGCGAUGAACUCAGUUUUUUAGGUGAAAUAUCAGGAUCACCGCUCACCACAACACAUUUUCAAACGACAAAUCAAUUGAUCAAUUUUUCAGCCGAAGUCAUCAAAAGGGACAUAGCAAUCGUUCAAGUGUUUUAUGCCGACAGUUUGUUUCGAAGCUAUGUCAAAGAUGAGUUGAUUGGCUUUACAGAGUUUCUAUCAAACACGGGCGGAUUGUUAGGGUUAUUCAUGGGUUUUUCGGCGGUUUCGCUGGUUGAAAUGCUCUAUUUCAUAUCAUUACGUCUGUAUUGUCGUCGAUACUAUGGCGGCCGCGGUUCGAAACAUCUUUCCAAAAGGGUCGAUACAAUUUCAAGGCUGAUCUCGAAAAAUCAUCGUCACAUUUGGCCAUUUGUUUGGACUCAUUCUCAAAAUAUGGAUCGAAUCAAAAAUAACAACAAUUCAAUGUUGUCAGCCUACGACUACAGUAGACGUUACCAUCAUCGUGGUGUUCAAGUAAAUAGUGGCUGGAAGGCACCCACUGAAACAGCUGUUUAUCCAUAUUUAGACUGA